UAACGAGAAAGCGAAGUAAUCAACACAUAUUGCGUGAGUGUGAGGUUGGCAGUUGCUAAAAUUAAAUAAUUUAAGCGCAAGCAUUACGUAGACUUAUUAAAUAAUAAAAGAAAGCGUAUAUUUGUUUGACCAAGGAAUAAUAAAUUCAAGGCAACACUUAAACUGAUUUGUGAUUCCAACAAUUAUUUGGUCGAAAGCAAUGCAUUUUCUUGCUAUUAAAAGAAGUAAACUGUUUGAAAUAAGCAUUUGUGAAUGAACAAUAUUUUUAAAAGUGUAUAUAACAACAAAAUUACAGUGAAUUUUUAUAUUGCCAAUUAUAUUAAAAUAAAACUAUAAAAUGUCGAAUAAAAAUACAGCGGAAUUUAAAAGUGGAAAUAAGAACACUGAUGAAGAAAAUUGUCAAAAGAAAGAGUUUUUAGGAAAUGUAGACUUCGAUUUGGCACACGGAACGGAUUCGGGGUUUCUUUCAGGACCCCAAAACUCUUCCUUCCAAGAACAUGAAGAAUCUAAACAAAGUUCUGCUGAAAACAUUGGUAACAAUUUUAAUACGCAUCAUCCCAAUAUCGAUAAAUCAGUACAUAGAGAAAGGAUUUCUGCUAAUAUUGGCGAACAUUGUGAAAAAGCUGCUGAGGAAUUAUGUGUUGUUGAUUCGGGCUGCAUUGAGGAAGAAGAAUGUGGGUCCAACGAUCUACAUGCCGAGACUGAGGCUCAUGCUAUUGUACAGCCCAAUACACGAUCGCGAACACAAGUAAACCAAACAAGUACAUCUGAAGUUACUAGUUCAAAAGAUAAUAAAAUAAAAACAAAGCAAGAUGUCGAUGCUCACAUUUCAGAACGCUUUUCUAAUCUUAAUUUACAACAAGGUACAAUAAAUGAUUUGGGCGCGUCUUGCAAAGAUUCUACCGUAGACCCUGAACAAACGAAACCUAUAAAGUCAUCGGCUGAGCUCGAUAAAUUGCCAGCAUGGGAACAAUACUACCAACAAAAUGACGAAGGAGACACCUAUCUUCAUUUGGCUUGUAUAUCGGGAUACGACAAUGUGGUAGCUGCUCUUUUCCGCCUAGCUAUACAUCCUUGUCUGUUGGACAUAAAAAACGAUUAUGGACAAACUCCCUUACAUCUAGCUGCGCUAACAAAACAGAGAAAAAUCAUGCGCAUGCUAUUGCUAGCCGGGGCCAAGCCAACCAUACGCGACAACAACGGAAACACAGCCUUACAUAUCGCUUGCAUGUCUGGUGAUGAACAAUGUGUGAAUGCUUUAACAGUUCCAUUUAGUGCGUCAGAGAUUAAUGAAGCUCAUCGCCAGUUUGGUUACAGAUCCAAUGAUAAGCGAGUUUCUUCCCUUAGUUAUGCAUCUUUACCCACUGGUUUAGAAAUUCGCAACUACAACGGUAAGUUAUUUAUUUAACUUUUGUUUUCGAAUUUUGAAUGUCUUUUUGACUAUCAUAUGAUUCCUAAAGAUAAUUAAAUAUAGUCGUUUAGUAAGAAUAUAUGAUAUAUACAAUGAAAUCUAGUGCGACUAUUUGCUUGAUUAAAAAAAAGAAACUUUCCAAAAAUAUAUUUGAAAAUUGGCGACUGUCUCUGUUUCUCGGCUAGACAAGUGCGAAGACGGCAUAACGGUAACGAAAAUAAGAAAUUCUCAGCAUAUAUAGAUACUUUUAUUUAUAGACCUAAUAUUUCGCCAUGUGAUGAUGUAUUCAUGUUCAUGUGUAUAUGUGUAUAUGUGUGUAUAUAAAAUUAAACAGCCGUGGAAGCCAUUGCCUUGAACAAAAUUUACGUAAACAUAUGUAUGUAUGUAUUUAUAUUCAGAAUAUACUUACAAAAAUAUGCACAUACAUUUAAGGUAUACAAAUUUCUUAAUCUUUUAUUCAGUAGAAUACAUACAUACAUACAUAUAUAAUAUAUAAUUUGUAUGUCCAAUACGGCAUUUCAGAACACCAUAGAUUUUUGGCGCAUGCCGAAAGUGCUGACGUCAAUAACAGUUUUUCCGAAGGAAAAUUUUAAUUUUUGCGCCCCUCAGUCGUAAGAUUUUUGCAAAAAAUUGUGCCAACUCCGGUAUGAGAAACCAAAAUAAACUAAGUUAUGUAUGUUUGUACGUAUGUAUACAUAUGUGUAUGGAUUAAAUAUUUGGUUGACUCAGGUAUUAGCUUGUUUUAGGUAAACCUGUUACAUUAUACACAUUUAUGUGUAUAUGUAUGUAAGUAUAUCUGCACCAUUAAUACCGUUAAUGUAUUGAUCGGUCAAGUGGAGCUAUAAAUAGCACAUGCCUUCAGUGAGGAUACAAGGUACAUUGCUCUAUAUAUUCGUUCAUAUGUACAUACAUACAUACAUAAGUAUAUUCAUACAUACAAUUUUUUCUUACAUUUAUAGUAUGUAUGAAUAUGUCGUCAGAGGGACGGUUUUAAAAACAUAUUGUUAUUUUUUGGGAAAAAAAUUAAAAUUAUAUUUUAGCCAUACAAUCUGACUGUUAAAUAAAUCGAUUUACCUUUGCAUCUAAAAUAUUAAUGCAAUAUCCAUGUAUGUACAUAUGUAUGUAGUUCACAUCGUUGUAUUAUAUGCCUAUUUUGAAGAACAAAAGUAGUAAAAGGCGAGUAAAACAGACGGAUUUAAACGCCGCCAGCUAAAUGAAAGUGUGUUUUUUGUUUCGUUCUUUGCACAGACGUCGAAUUGGCUGACACACAAAAUUCUUCGUAUAUUUCGAGAAACUACCUCAUUCGUAAAAUUAUAUACAGAGAUAUUAUAUCGUCCCCUCAAUAUAACAAUAGCGUAUGUGCUGAUACGCCAUUAUUUUUUUAUUGCAUAUUUAGAAUCUCCAUCAUUGAUUCUAUGUCUGGUCAAAAUUUCGUCAAAUUCUACUUCCACAAAGUGGGUCAAAAUGUCAUUAGAAAAAAUGGUGUAUAAUUUCAUGUUCAAAAAUUUCCUUCAAUAAGUGUAUAGACAUCUGAUUUGACAAAAACUUUAAACUCGAUUUUCUCAAAA